GGCAGCAGAUAAGUAAAGGCCUCCUUCUUACACGCCAGUCCACCGUCAUACACUGGCAACGACAGUUGCCAUUGUUUUUGAUUCCCUGCACAACGUGACAGACUAGACAUUUGAAUAGUUCACGCGGUUAUUCCGGCUGUUGCUAAUGAUCAGUGUCCGACGGGAACAACCGAGGUCCGUUCCCCGAAAGAAACACAUCAGACAAAAGUUCAUCGAUUGAGACAAGUGGGAGAGUGCAUCAACCAACUGUACGUCGUCCGGACUGUAAACUUUUCUAAACCAGUGAAACCAUCCUGAUUCAAGAAAACCAUUGCUUAGUGAAGAAGCCGACCUAUGAAAAGUGCUGUUCGUCAAUUAUUCGUAGACUUUGCGUGAUAAUUGCGGUUGAAAGACGGGCGAUGUCUCGCGGAGAAAACAUCAUCAUUUCACCUACAACGUCCAUCGCCAAAGAUUAGAAAUUCAAUCUUCCACCACCUCGAGGAUCUCAACGUGGGAUGAUUUGAUCAGUGGACUCGAAUCGAAGACACAUCGGAAGAAAGGCCGAGCAAUAACAUCAGCCGGAACUAUUUUGCUGAUUGUUGAGUAUUCAUAAUUGUAUUGACUAUACCCAAAUUCGGGGAUGACGUCUUUGACUAGUGUCAGUGGUGCUAAUCGGCCGGCGUCAUCCAGCUCAGCCGCCUGCGGGCCUUCGUCAGCCAUUCCAUCUUCGCAGAGCAUGAGUUUGCCCGGAAUCGGCGGUGAGCUGGUACGUACCGGAAGCCCGUGCGUUUUGUGCUCCUCGCUGCCCACCCAUUGGCGGUCCAAUAAGACUCUUCCGGCGGCUUUUCGCGUUGUCUGCCUUGGAAGUAUCGAUGACGGUACGUUGGUCACAGUCAGGGCCGGCAACGACGAAAACUGGUGCGCCGAGCUUCGAAAUGGUACGGCCGUCAUGAAAAAUCACGUCGCCAAAUUUAAUGAUCUCCGCUUCAUCGGCAGAUCAGGAAGAGGAAAGAGUUUCACACUUACGAUCACAGUCAACUCGUCUCCGCCGCAGGUCGCUACCUACACCAAAGCCAUUAAAGUGACCGUUGAUGGGCCGCGGGAACCUAGAAGUAAAACACCAGGUCAUUCUCCUUUCAUACCGUUGAGUCUGGCUUCGCGUUUCAUUGGCAACACCUUCGAUUCCCUCAACCUCAAAAUAAGCCAACCUGGAGGCUGUAGAGGUUUCGGUCCGCCAAUCGACUUCAAUUUGAGUAGCUCAGCAUGGGGAGCCUAUCGCGCGUUGGGGCAAACAAAUCUUCCAAUGAACUGGGGUUCUUUGACCAGCGUCAACGUAAACCCACUCCUUCAUCCGUCAGUUUGGGACUCUCUCAGUUCUCAUCGCCCUAUAGGUCCAGGUCACGGCGAGUCCAGUGUGGGAGGAGCGAACGGAUUACGGGCCAACGAGAUGAACCGUCGCGCAAUUUCUCUCGAAUCCAAAGCAGUUAGUGCAGAUGGAACUCAGCGGAACGUCUGCACAGAUACGACGGCAACGGCGACAGUGUCCUCCUCGGUGUCGUCCAUCCCGCCAUCAAUCGUUUCCAACCUGCCGCAUCACAACGCUCAAUUCCUGCUGGCCAAUCCGUGGCUGCACACGUCGCUACUCUACUCUCAGCUGUACAGCCAACGAGUUCAUCCGCAGUCACAAUCGGUUUUGAGCGUCGACCCUGAUUCGGAUCAAGCAGAUCACCCCGAUCAUGUCGUGACCUGUAAGUUUCCCCACCGUUCGCCGCCCGCCACUCCCAAAAGCAACAUUUCAUCGCCCGCCUCUUCAACAACAAAAGACACCCGGGAGAAGGAGGUCGAUAACAAACGCUCUGAAGUCUGGCGUCCCUAUUGAUUCCGAGAAACUCGGACAGGAAAUAUAUAUAAAUAUGAAAAAUAAAGAAGAAAAAAAAAAAAAAAGAAGCCUAAGCAAAGAAAGAUGGAGAAAAAGAAAGAAAACAAUGUAUCACUGGAAAAUUAUAGACAAAUGUGGCAGAUGCAUGAUGCCCAUCCGUUAAUGUUAUAUUCGUAAAGAUAUUGUGUUCUUGUUCGUUUUAUUAUUAUUUUUUUCUUGUAAUUCCAUCUAGUUGUUUCAUAGUCAACAUCUGCUUCCUAGAUCUUAAAAAAAAAAAAAGAAAAACGAUUCAUUUUGAAUUUUACGGUUUUUCAGAUUAUUUCAUUCCUCCCAAGCUCACCUUUCUUCCCACUGUUUGACCGAUGAAAAUAUAACAAAUGAGGGAAAUAAAAAAAAAGACGUUAACAUUCA